CGGCUAAUCGUGCCAAAACGUAGAUUUCACUCUCACACAGUCAUCAAUAGUGACCAUGUUGUAGUGGAAAGCCAUCAAAGUCCCCAAGGCUUCCCAUUCACGCGGACAUACUUUCAGUGCAGGGAGAGCAUUUGCCAGAUACACAAGAAGAGAGCAUUGCUAGUGUUCGUUUUGUAAGACCUAUACACCCUCUGGACCGCUCGUGCGAACACCCAUCAUAUUGCAGAGGCUACCCGAAGAUUAUCCGGACAUCAAUGAUCGGCUCUCCUCGACACCCGGAUCCAUCAGUAUAUCCCACUUGAAUCCCCCAAACAUCGAACUCGAAAGACGAACUAACUUCCAAACCUCAAAAUGGUCGCAUCAAUACCCAACGACAUCUUCCAAUUCGGCACCAUCUCCGCAGUCGCCGCCGGCUUCUCGCAAGGCCAGCCACGCACGUGCGACCUCACGUCCCAUGGCACAGACGGGAUCGGCAGCUACGAAGACGGACGUCUGAUGAUUCUGAAUAACGGGGAAGCUUUCGCCCUGUCGUACGACAACAGGGCCACCCCAGCGCCCACAGACACUCGCCUCCCCUUCGCAAUGGUCACCAUCUUCCGCCCCACAUUCCGCAUGGAAGUACCCUUGCUGGACAUGGAAUCUCUCGACGACCUCUUAUCAUCUCCAAAACUAGCGCACGCCAGGGCUGUGAAUACCCUUGCACCAUUCAAAGUCGUGGGCAUGUUCAAGAGCGUCGAGUUCACGGAUGGAGGAGAGCAGAGCAACUUGAAGGGCAUCAUUUUUGGGUAUGCGGUGCCGACCUGGAUGAAAGGCAUUUGUGGGCCACGGAUACAUGCACAUUUUCUGGCGGACUCGGGGGAGGUAGGGGGCAAGGUUGAGAACUUCGAGACGAAUGUUGCAACGUUGAGUUUUGCGAAGACGGGGAGGUUUCAUUUGGGCUUCUCUCAGAGUCCGGACUGGGAGGAUAUGAGGUUGUAGAGUACACUAGAUUUGUUUCGCUGAACGGCUUUCUCGUGAUGACCAUUGGACAACACACGAUAUCUUGAGGUUUGAACAAUUGUCCGGAUUGUAGUCCAUUCAACGCACACCUACGGUCUCUAAUCAUCGCACACAUUGUACCUAUACUGACCAUCAGCGUGGC